AUGUCGAAAUUAUCAUAUUCAGGACGUUCGGUUAAUAAAGUUUAUAAUCAAGAAUUCGUCAUCGAUAAACGAUUCCAAAUAGUUAAAGAAUUAGGUCAUGGAGCUUAUGGAAUAGUUUGUUCGGCUAAAUAUCAAGAUGAUUCAACCAAAGAAGGUAAUUAUGUAGCUAUUAAGAAAAUCACUAAUAUUUUCAGUAAAAAAAUCUUAUGUAAAAGAUCAUUAAGAGAAUUAAAAUUAUUACAAUUCUUUCGAGGCCAUAAGAAUAUUACUUGUUUAUAUGAUUUAGAUAUAAUACCUAAUCCUAUGACAGGAGAAUUUAAUGAAGUUUAUCUUUAUGAAGAAUUAAUGGAAUGUGAUAUGCAUCAAAUUAUAAGAUCAGGUCAAACAUUAACUGAUCAACAUUAUCAAUCUUUUAUAUAUCAAGUAUUAUGUGGAUUAAAAUAUAUUCAUUCGGCCGAUGUUUUACAUAGAGAUUUAAAACCCGGAAAUUUAUUAGUAAAUGCUGAUUGUGAUUUAAAAAUUUGUGAUUUUGGUUUAGCAAGAGGAUUUUCUGAAAAUCCUAAUGAAAAUGCUGGAUUUAUGACUGAAUAUGUAGCCACAAGAUGGUAUAGAGCUCCAGAAAUCAUGUUAAGUUUUACUAAUUAUACUAAAGCAAUUGAUAUUUGGUCAGUUGGUUGUAUAUUAGCAGAAUUACUUGGUGGUAAACCUUUAUUCAGAGGUAAAGAUUAUGUUGAUCAAUUAAAUCAAAUUUUAUUAAUUUUAGGUACUCCAAAAGAAUCUACUUUAGUUAAAAUUGGUUCUAUCAGAGCUCAAAAUUAUGUAAGAUCUUUACCUUUCAUGAGGAAAGUAUCUUAUAGUGAAUUAUUCCCCCAAGCAAAUCCUUUAGCUUUAGAUUUAUUAGAAAAAAUGUUGACAUUAGAUCCUUUUGAAAGAAUAAAUGUCGAAGAAGCUUUAGAACAUCCAUAUUUCCAAUUAUGGCAUGAUCCUCAAGAUGAACCUGCAUGUCAAAUCAAAUUUGAUUUCAAAUCAUUCGAAGAAAUUGAUGAUAUUGAAUCUAUGAAAAAGAUUAUUGUUGACGAAGUAAAGAAUUUCCGUGAAUUCGUUAGGAAACCAAUACAAGAACAACAUCAAAUUCAACUACAAUUACAAUUACAGAAACAACAUGAACAACAAAUCGAACAGCAUAACCAACAACAGCAACAACAACAGCAACAACAGCAACAAAAUCAACAACAACAACAACAACAAAUUGAUCAACAAUAUCAAAUGGAUGAUAUGGACUUAUCCACUCCUUAUAAUGACCCUACUAAUAAACCUAAUACUAAUGCUUUCACAACAGGUGUUAACACCAAUGCCAAUGUUAAUGAUGACAUUCAAUACUAUCAAUCGAUUCCGAAACCUCAAGAAUUAGAUGAAUUCACUUUUAAUGAUAAAAACGAUAAUGGCAUUGAUCUAAAUAGUAAUGAUGAAUUAUUUAGAUUAGAAGAAGAGUUAGGUUUUGGUAUGGAUGGUAAUCUUUUCAAUAAUAUGUAG